AUGGAAAAUACAAACCAUACAAUGGUUAUAUAUUUCAUAAUUAAAGGGAUCUCAGACAUCCCCGAGCUGCAAAUUCCAAUUUUCCUUUUGGUUCUCCUCAUUUUUGUCAUCACUAUUGGAGGUAAUGUCACAAUUUUCCUGCUUGUCUGCCUGGACCCCCAACUACACACCCCCAUGUACUUUUUCCUGGGAAACCUGUCUAUUAUAGACAUAUCUUCUAUCAGCCUUACUCUGCAUAAGAUCCUUGUUGCAUUUGCUACAGGAGAUAAAACCAUUGGUUUUCUUAACUGCGUCAUACAAAUGUAUAUUUUUUCAUGCUUGGGAUCCAAUGAACUUUUGAUAUUGACUGCUAUGAGCUAUGACCGAUAUGUCGCCAUUUGUAAACCCUUACAUUAUCACAUGGUCAUGAGCCCCAAAGUCUGCGUUUUGUUGGCAUCAGCCUGCUGGGUCAUUGGUUUUGGAGAACUUCUGCCUUAUAUUAUAUUGGUAUCACAUUUCUCCUGCUACACGUCCAACAUCAUCAACCAUUUCUUCUGUGACUUGGUACCUCUUGUGAAGUUGUCUUGCAGUGACACCAGGGUCUUCCAGUUAGUAAUGAUCACAGAGGGAUUAGUACUUAUUGGCUUGGCUCCAUUUCUUCUCACCUUUAUCUCUUACGUUUUUAUUAUUGUUAGUAUCAUGAAGAUCCGUUGCAAUGUUGGGAGACGUAAAGCCUUUUACACUUGCUCUUCACACCUCACGGUAGUUAGCCUUCUGUACCUUACCCUCUUUUGGCAAUACCAGAGGCCAACUUCAACAGACGCUUUGGCAUCCAAUAAACUUUUCUCUCUUUUUAACACAGCUGCGGUCCCUAUGUUAAAUCCGUUAAUUUACAGUUUGAAAAAUAAAGAUGUGAAGUCAGCUCUAAGACGGAGGCGGAAAUUCUUUGAGAUGUUGUUUGAAAUAAAAUAA